UAGGAAACGGAACCUAGUUUUAGAUUUGUUGCGCCGAUGUUACAUAGAAACCCUAAUCCCACGGGGCUUAUGGAGUCGCACAAUCUCCACGUUUCCCAAAUCGGCUCUGCUUGCAACAGAUAAUGCAGAAAUGGCUAGUAAGGAAACUGGAAUGUUUUCACUAGCUGGGGAAUUAGCUUCUCUUGUAGAAGAAUCUUCUUCUCAUGUUGAUGAUGAUAGCAAACCUAGAAGUCGUAUGGAACUAAAACGAUCUCUUGAACUCCGGUUGAAGAAAAGAGUCAAAGAGCAGUGCAUCAAUGGGAAGUUUAGUGAUCUGUUGAAGAAGGUGAUUGCAAGGCCUGAAACUCUCCGGGAUGCUUAUGAUUGUAUUAGGCUUAACUCCAAUGUUUCUAUAACAGAAAGAAAUGGUAGUGUCGCGUUUGAUUCUAUUGCAGAAGAGCUCUCUAGUGGGGUGUUUGAUGUUGCUUCAAAUACGUUUUCGAUUGUGGCUAGAGAUAAAACAAAAGAGGUCCUUGUCUUGCCUAGUGUAGCUCUUAAAGUUGUCCAAGAGGCUAUCAGAAUAGUUCUUGAAGUUGUUUUCAGUCCUCAUUUUUCUAAGAUUUCACAUAGUUGUCGAAGCGGAAGGGGACGUGCCUCUGCAUUGAAGUACAUCAACAACAAUAUUUCUCGUUCGGAUUGGUGUUUCACUUUGAGCCUGAACAAAAAACUUGAUGUUUCUGUUUUCGAGAACUUGCUCUCUGUAAUGGAGGAAAAAGUAGAAGACAGCAGUUUAAGCAUCUUACUCCGUUCUAUGUUUGAAGCCCGGGUGCUCAAUCUCGAGUUCGGAGGAUUUCCCAAGGGCCAUGGUCUUCCACAAGAAGGGGUGUUGUCCCGUGUAUUAAUGAACAUAUAUCUUGAUCGGUUUGAUCAUGAAUUUUAUAGAAUCUCAAUGAGGCAUGAAGCCCUUGGUCUUGAUUCAAAGACUGAUGAAGAUAGCCCAGGCUCAAAACUUCGUUCCUGGUUUAGGAGGCAAGCCGGAGAACAAGGUUUGAAAAGUACUACAGAGCAGGACGUUGCACUCAGAGUUUAUUGCUGCAGAUUUAUGGAUGAGAUAUAUUUCUCUGUGUCUGGUCCCAAGAAAGUUGCAAGUGAUAUCAGAUCUGAAGCUAUAGGUUUCUUACGGAACUCACUGCAUUUGGACAUCACAGAUGAGACAGACCCGUCACCAUGUGAAGCGACCAGUGGGCUUCGUGUUUUGGGUACCUUGGUUAGGAAAAAUGUUAGGGAGAGUCCCACUGUCAAAGCUGUUCACAAGUUAAAGGAGAAGGUUAGGCUCUUUGCAUUGCAGAAAGAAGAGGCUUGGACCUUAGGUACAGUUAGAAUUGGAAAGAAAUGGUUAGGACAUGGAUUGAAGAAAGUCAAAGAGUCAGAAAUCAAAGGUUUGGCGGAUAGUAACUCUACCUUGAGUCAAAUAUCUUGCCACAGAAAGGCAGGCAUGGAAACAGAUCAUUGGUAUAAGAUCUUGCUUAGAAUAUGGAUGGAGGACGUGCUAAGAACCUCUGCAGAUAGAAGCGAGGAGUUUGUCUUGUCCAAGCAUGUUGUAGAACCUACUGUUCCUCAAGAACUAAGAGAUGCGUUUUACAAGUUCCAAAACGCUGCUGCGGCAUAUGUUUCAUCAGAGACGGCUAAUCUGGAAGCGCUUUUGCCAUGUCCACAAUCUCAUGAUAGACCUGUUUUCUUUGGUGAUGUUGUCGCUCCGACUAAUGCUAUAGGAAGGCGUCUUUAUCGCUACGGAUUAAUAACAGCCAAGGGUUAUGCUCGUUCAAAUUCUAUGCUUAUUUUGCUAGAUACUGCCCAAAUAAUUGAUUGGUAUUCAGGACUUGUUCGGCGAUGGGUGAUUUGGUAUGAAGGCUGUAGUAAUUUUGAUGAGAUAAAGGCUCUUAUUGAUAAUCAGAUCAGAAUGUCAUGCAUCCGUACUUUGGCAGCAAAAUAUCGAAUACAUGAAAAUGAAAUAGAGAAACGCCUUGAUUUGGAACUGAGCACUAUUCCCUCUGCUGAAGAUAUAGAACAGGAAAUACAACAUGAGAAACUAGAUUCUCCUGCUUUUGACAGGGAUGAACAUCUAACAUACGGCCUUUCCAAUAGUGGUUUGUGUUUAUUGUCUUUAGCUCGAUUAGUGAGCGAAUCAAGGCCUUGCAAUUGCUUCGUAAUUGGUUGUUCGAUGGCUGCACCUGCUGUUUAUACUUUACAUGCAAUGGAGAGACAGAAGUUUCCAGGUUGGAAAACUGGAUUUUCUGUUUGUAUUCCUUCUAGCUUAAAUGGAAGGAGAAUAGGGCUGUGUAAGCAACACCUCAAAGAUCUGUAUAUAGGUCAAAUAUCACUUCAAGCUGUUGAUUUUGGAGCCUGGAGAUGA